GGAGCGAGCCGGGCGGUCUGAGCGAGGUUGGCGGGGAGACGGUUUCCAGCCGGACGCUUUUGUACCGCGGGACGGCGGCCAUGGCGGCCGCCGCGGCCUGAGGGGGGAACGAGGCGGCGGCUGGGGGGCGCGGGCCCGCCAUGUUCUCCAGGGCGUUCCGGGUGAGAUCCAACACCGCCAUCAAAGGGUCCGACCGGAGAAAACUACGAACCGAUGUUGCGGCAGCUUUUCCUAACCUUAGUGCUGAACAAUUGACUGAGUUUAUUCCAAACAAGGAAGAGCUUAAUGUCAUCAAAAUAUACUCUCACAAAGGGGAGGCCAUCACUGUUUACAUGAAUAACAGGAACCCAAUACUGUUUGAAAUUGAGAAAGCGCUGUAUCCAACAGUGUACACUCUGUGGGUCUACCCAGAUCUUCUCCCUGCUUUUUCAACAUGGCCCCCUGUGCUACAGAAACUAGCAGGAGGAGCAGAUCUGAUGCUGCCAGGAGUUGUAGUGCCAUCUUCUGGCUUUCCUCAAGUAGAGCGGGGCACUCUCUGUGCUGUCACCCUCUUGGGAAACAGAGCUCCAGUAGCAGUUGCAGUUGCCACUAUGUCCACUGCGGAGAUGCUGGCUGCUGGAAUGAAAGGGAAGGGCUUUGCUGUGUUGCACACUUACAUGGAUCACCUCUGGGAAUAUGGUGACAAAUCUUAUCCUCCUACCUUAGCUCCCUUGGUAACAGAUUCUGCUGAAAAGGAGAGUGCUGAAGAUGAGGAAGAGAUGGAGGGGAAAGAGCCUGUCAUCAGUUUCUCCACUGACCCAUUGCAGCAUGUGGACGUUGGUGAUUUGAGCCUGAACGGGCAAGACAGUUGUACAAUACUGUUGGGAAAGGAGGAACUCAAUGAGAACAGAGCUGCAGAAACAGCUGAAGACACCAACACAGAGGUUCAGCAGGAAGCUGAAGACAGUAGGACUCCACAAGAGCAAAUGGAUGCAUUAUUUAAUCAGUGCUUUUUUCAUGCCUUAAAAUGCAAAGUAAAGAAGUCGGAUCUCCCUCUGCUCACGAGCACAUUUCUACGCAGCCAUAUGUUCUCAUGCUGCCCUGCUGGACAACAAUUGGACAUAAAGAAAUCAAGCUACAAGAAGUUCUCUAAAUUCCUGCAAUGUAUGCAGCACCAGAAGAUCUUACAAGUGAAGGAGCUGAACAAAGGUGUCGAGAGCAUCGUGGAAGUGGACUGGAAACAUCCAGACAUUAAAGCAUUUGCAGUACCCGAAGGAUUUUCUUCAGCCUCUGCUGCCCAAGACAGCAAGAGUGAAGACAGAGAAAAAGUGUACCAUGCUCCUGAAAUCAUUCCGCUUUAUGGGGUCUCAACAAAAAUGAUCCCACUCUUUCAGGAAUCUGGACACAGAAAAGGCAGCAUCCUCUCAAGCAGCGAGGUGAGAAACAUCAUCAUUAACUAUGUGAAGACUAAUGAGUUGGUUGAUGAAACAAACAAAAACUUUGUAAAGGUGAAUGCCGUUCUGUGCGACUGCCUGUUAGAUAAAUCAGAACAAGAUGAAAUCUCAAAACUUAAAUGGGAUGACCUCUUGAGCAGGUGCCUUGAACGACUGCAGCCCUUACACCAGGUAACAUUUUUUGGACAAGAACCUAUUGUGAGGAAAGGAAAUAUUGAGGCCAUCGACAUAACCAUAGCACAGAGAUCAUCAAAUAAAAAGGUGACAAUUAUCAAGAACCUUGAGCUGUAUGGUCUAGACCCACAGUGUGUGGCCAACAUUCUGCAACAGAAAGUACAAGCCAGUGCCACCAUCACCCCAGUACCAGGAACAAAAGACAGAGUUCAGGUCCAGAUCCAAGGCAACCAAAUCCAUCAUCUGGCCAAGAUGCUGCUAGAAGAAUACCAGCUACCUCGGAAAUAUAUUCAAGGCCUUGAGAAGGCUCCAAAGCUUGGCCGGAGGAAGUAAGAGAAAAAUCUACUGUAAGAAUUACUCAGAUCUCAUUAUUUAUAGAAGUGUUCUGCCAACAAAUCAAGGAUAAGGUACAGGCUCUAUUCAUUCAAAAAUGAGUCCUGGAUGUCUACAAGGUCUAGGAUUCACCCAAAUAAUAAUAUUGCUCCAGCUGUCCAUUUUUCAUAAAAAUAAAAAGCUGAAUAAAACCCCUA